UUCACGAUCCGUUAACCGAAAAUUCCGGGGAAGUAAAUUCCGACGAAGGAUUUGGUGGGGAAAAUGAACAGAAAUCAAGCUUUGUUGUCGGGCAACCCAACACGGCUCUAAUGUCGGCGUACCUAAUGUUUGGAACGUUUAUCAUUGCGUACAAACUGAAAGGGUUAAAAUUAAGUAAUCUCUUUCCGAAAAAGAUUCGCCACAUUCUUUCCGAUUUUUGCGUCCCGGCAGCAAUAAUCUUUAUGGUGAUAGUAGAUUACAAUUGUGGCGUAAAGACAACGAAAACUCAAGUUCCUUCCGGUCUUAGUCCUACCAUACCGGAAAAGAGGGGUUGGGUCGUGUCACCUUUUGGGAUGGAGAAACCAUUCAAUUAUUGGAUGCCGGUGAUCACGAUAUUACCCGGGGGCCUCAUUUUUCUUAUUAUGUUUAUGACAGUGGAAAUUUGCGAGAAAAUUUUACUAACUCGGGGAGGUUUUAAGAAAGGAUUCGGCCUUCACUGGGAUCCGAUUGUGCUCGCAGUGACAAAUUUGGGGUGCGGAAUUUGUGGCCUUCCCUGGAUGAGUGUUGCCGUGUUGAGAGCGUUCGCCCAUGUUGAGGCGCUGACGGUAUACUCGAAAAACAAUCCGCCCGGAAUGCCACCAACUAUUGUGAAAAUUCGGGAGAACCGUCUCUCCGGACUGUUCAUGAGUAUAGCGAUGGGGGCUUCGGUCUUUCUAGCGCCAGUUUUGAAACUGAUACCCGUUCCGGUUUUGUUCGGGAUUUUCCUCUUUAUGGGAGUAACUUCUUUCAAACCUACGCAAAUUUGUGAUCGAAUCGUGCUAUUUUUCACCUCGAAGGAUGCUCACCCUCAAACUGUAUAUGUUCGGCGGGUCCCUCCUUGGAAAAUCCACAUGUACACUGCUAUCCAAAUAAUGACCCUGGUAUUCCUCUGGGUGGUUAAGUCAAUUAAGGAAAUUGCAAUUUUCUUCCCCAUAGUUUUGAUGCUACUUCCCCCAAUCAGGCAGUCGUUAAAAUUCCUAUUUACCGAGGCGGAGCUGGACGCGCUUGACAAUGAAACCUGCCCAGUCCCUGCCCAACUAACAGUACUUUCGAGUAAACCGACAACCAAUCAUCAAUCAUGAUUUGUCGUAGAAUAAUGAAACUGUGCAAAUAAUACUGUGCAAGUCAUUUGUAGUCUUGGUGAUAACCUCAGAUGCUCACAAGCUUAGUGCUCUUAAACAUAUAAAAUUUUCAGAAAACAAUAACAUCUCGUAAAAUCCUGCUAACAAACACCAGACCGUAAAAAAUACUAUAAAAUUAUAAAUACUCUUCCAUUAAGGUCAUUCCUUAAUCGAAUUUAUGGCAGUAAAAUAUAAAAGAUAAUGACAACCGUGGGUUUAAGGAAGUAUGUGAAUAACAAUCGUUGUAAUUUGAAGCAAUAAAGUGCACAAUGUAAAAGA